GUACCGCAGGGUUCCUUGGAUCUCACCCAGAGUAUUGAAGAUGACCCCCUUCUGGAUACCCACCAUCUCCCACAUCAUUCAUUACAUGCUCAUUUUAGACCCAGAUUCCAUCCUCUUCCUACGGUCAUCAUAGCAAAUCUUCUCUUAUUAAUACAUGUUGUAUUUGUCAUUUUAGCAUUUUUAACAGGUAUACUUUGUUCUUACCCUAAUCCAAUUGAGGACAAGUGCCCAGGAAACUAUACCAACCCACUGAAAGUUCAGACAGUCAUAAUCUUGGGAAAGGUUAUCUUGUGGAUCCUGCAUUUCCUUCUUGAGCGCUACAUCCAGUAUCACCACAACAAAGUGAGAAACCGGGGCUACACCAUGAUCUACCUGUCGACCAGGCACCUGAAAGGACUCACGCUGCUGAUCCACUCCACUGGCAGCACGGCUCUCCUCCUGGUGCUGAGCGUGCAGCACUCCUUCCCCGCGCCCGCCCGGCUGUAUCUUUACCUCGUCCUGGCCAUCCUGGCCCUGGAACUGCUCUGUUCCCUGACCUGUCUGCUCAUCUACACAGUGAAAAUUCGAAAAUUUAAUAAAGCCAAACCACAGCCGGAUGUACUUGAAGAGGAAAAAAUCUAUGCUUACCCCAGCAAUAUCACCUCGGAGACUGGAUUCAGGACCGUCUCAAGCCUGGAAGACAUCGUCGAAAAGCAGGGAGACGUCAUCGCCCACCUGAAGCGACACAACGCCCUGCUGAGUAAGCGGUUGCUGACGUUCACUUCCUCCGGGGACUCUCCGCCCAGUAGAGCAUGAGGGCCUGGCCAGGCCAGCGGCUGCAGAGGGAGCGGGGCCCACUGACCACCUGACAAGCCGGCCCAGCGGGUGGCAGUUUGGGCCGGAUGCCACUGGAUGCCACUGAUGGUUCUUAUUUGAAACCUGAAUUGUGUUCUCCUUGUGGGGCUGUUGAGCAGGUGGGACUCGUGGGUCACCUGAAAGGUGCUUCACAGAGCCUGGAUGCUCCAAUGCUCCGGGAGGACGUCUCUUUUUGCACAUUUUGAAGUCCUUUACCGUCUGGCUCAUCCGAGGAUCAGAGGUAUGAUUAAGCCUGGUCUCAAGCAGUGCUGCUUCCGCAGGCCGUAGAGCCCUGGAAUGACUUGGCUGCUUAUAUGGAGGAGAUUGACAGGAUCAUCUGUUUUAAACAAGGGUUUGAUCAAAUAAGUUCUUUCCACUCUUAAACUGA